UUUUUCCUUAUUUUUAGAAUGGAUGGUUGUUUGCCUCAAAGCUCUACCUCUGAUUCCCUUCUGCUGUUCUCUGAGUUUUGAGGACGGUCUGUGGUGAGGUUCAUCAAUUAAUAUCACCAUGAAUCUGGUUUGGCAUGUGUCAAUUUUCGUUCUUUGUACUGGAGCAUUCUCAGCGGAGACUUUGAGACCUGAUGUCGUAAAAGUUGGAGCUAUUUUCACAUUUAGCACUAUCAAUGGGAAGGUAGCGAGGUUUGCCAUGAAGGCUGCUGAGAAUGAUGUAAAUUCCAAUCCGCGCUUUCUUGGUGGAAGCAAAUUGUCUAUACAGCUGCAUGAUUCCAACUUCAGUGGAUUUCUUGGCAUCAUGGGAGCAUUAAAUUUCAUGGAGACUGAUACCGUAGCUAUACUGGGUCCACAAAAUGCUGUAAUGGCUCAUGUACUCUCACAUAUUGCAAAUGAACUUCAUGUCCCAUUAUUGUCAUUCACGGCACUGGACCCUACCCUCUCGCCCCUGCAAUACCCUUACUUCGUUCAAACAGCACCCAAUGAUCAAUUCCAGAUGACUGCGAUUGCAGAUAUGAUUAGUUACUUUGGUUGGGGAGAGGUUGUUGCAAUUUUUAGCGAUGAUGAUCAGAGCCGAAAUGGUGUUAUUGCUUUAGGUGAUAAACUUGCAGAAAGACGCUGCAAAAUUUCUUAUAAAGCAGCACUUCCCCCUGACCCCACAUCAACACCAAGUGAGGUUAAGGAUCAACUAGUGAAAGUUCGAAUGAUGGAAGCUAGAGUAAUUGUUCUACAUACCUUCUCCAAGACAGGUCUCUUGGUUUUUCAUGAGGCCCAGAAUCUUGGGAUGAUGGAGACUGGGUAUGUUUGGAUAGCAACCACUUGGCUAUCCACUGUUUUGGAUUCAACUUCACCACUUUCUUCAAAAACUGCAAACGCUAUCCAAGGAGUUCUGACUCUUCGUCCACACACACCUGAUUCAGAAAGUAAAAGGUCAUUUAUUUCACAGUGGCACAAGCUGAGUAAUGGUUCUAUCGGGUUAAACCCUUAUGGUCUAUAUGCCUAUGAUACUGUUUGGAUGCUUGCUCGUGCAAUAAAGUUGUUUUUUGAUCAGGGAGGUAACAUGUCAUUCUCCAACAGUACACGUUUAAGUCAAAUGAGGGGAGGGGCUCUGAAUCUUGGUGCAUUAAGCAUUUUUGGGGGGAAGCAAUUGCUCAACAACAUAUUGCAGACCAAUAUGACAGGUUUGACAGGACCUAUUCAAUUCAAUUCUGACAGAUCUCCUUUUCGUCCUGCAUAUGAUAUCCUUAACAUGAUUGAAAAUGGUUAUAGGCAGAUUGGAUACUGGUCUAAUUAUUCUGGGUUAUCUGUUGUGACCCCGGAGACACUUUAUGCGAGACCACCCAACCGGUCAAGUUCAAGCCAGCAAUUAGACAGUGUGGUAUGGCCUGGGGGAACAACAAAGAAGCCUCGUGGGUGGGUUUUUCCAAACAACGGAAGGCAAUUGAGAAUUGGAGUUCCAAACCGAGUUAGUUACCGUAACUUUGUUUUGCUAUCAUCAGUAAAUGGUACUGAUAAAGUUCAAGGAUAUUGCAUGGAUGUAUUCCUUGCCGCCAUAAACUUGCUUCCUUAUGCAGUUCCACACAUCUUCAUUCCGUUUGGAGAUGGUCAUAAGAAUCCAAGCUACAAUGAGCUUGUAAAUAUGGUCGCAACAAAUGUUUUUGACGCAGCUGUUGGUGACAUUGCAAUCGUCACAAGCAGAACAAAGAAUGUGGAUUUUACUCAGCCCUAUAUAGAGUCAGGACUAGUUGUGGUAGCCCCAGUCAAAAAGUUUUCAAGAGCUUGGGCAUUCCUACGACCAUUUACUCCAUGGAUGUGGGCUGUCACAGCAGCUUUUUUCCUUAUUGUUGGAACUGUUGUAUGGAUUCUUGAACAUAGAAUAAAUGAUGAAUUCCGUGGGCCUCCCAAGAAACAGCUAGUCACAAUUAUGUGGUUUAGCUUCUCUACUAUGUUUUUUGCACAUAGAGAAAAUACAGUGACUACACUUGGUCGCUUUGUGCUUAUCAUCUGGCUUUUUGUGGUUCUCAUAAUCAACUCAAGUUAUACUGCAAGCCUAACAUCAAUCCUCACAGCUCAACAGCUUUCCUCUCCCAUCACAGGAAUUGAUACCUUGGUGACUAGCAAUGAACCUAUAGGAUUCCAAGUAGGAUCUUUUGCUGAAAACUAUUUGACUGAUGAACUCAACAUCCCAAAAUCUAGACUAGUUGCUCUUGGCUCACCAGAAGAAUAUGCCGUUGCCCUCGAGAGAGGAACUGUUGCUGCUGUGGUUGAUGAACAGCCAUAUAUGGAGCUCUUCCUAUCAGACCACUGCAGAUUCUCAGUUAGAGGCCAAGAAUUCACCAAAAGCGGGUGGGGAUUUGCAUUUCCAAGAGACUCUCCAUUAGCGGUUGACAUGUCUACUGCCAUACUCAGUCUAUCAGAGAACGGUGAGCUUCAGAGGAUCCAUGACAAGUGGUUGUCGAGAAAGGCAUGUGCUUCCCAGGCAACCGAUCCUGUGGCAGAUAAGUUUGAACUACAAAGCUUCUUGGGGCUAUUUCUCAUCUGUGGGAUAGCGUGUUGUCUUGCUCUGAUAGUCUACUUUUGCUUAAUGAUGCGCCAGUUUGCCCGGCACGUCCCUGAAGACACUGAUCCUAGUUCUAGUGUUAGCAGCUCACGUUCUGCACGCCUCCAGACAUUUUUGUCAUUUGCAGACGAGAAGGAGGAAGUGUGGAAGAGCAAGUCAAAAAGAAAACGAAGGGAUAUGUCCUCAAAUAGUUAUGGGAAUGGAAAUGAAGACGAAUUCAGGAAUUCUUCUAGGGAAUUGAGGCUUCUUGGGAAAGACGCGAGAUGCAUGAGAAUUGAGACAUGGCUUUCAAAAACUUGCACUUUGGUAACACCGGCUUGAUAAGAACUGUUAAUGAAGUGUGCAUGUUGAGAUCUUGUUUUAACUAAUUUUGUUUUCUGUAGCUGUUUUAACUAAUUGAUGGCUGAUAUACAAAGGCAUUUG